AUGGAGUUCAUUGUCACGCCUGCUCCUGCUCACUGGGCUGUCACGGACCCUGCUCUGGCAGUGAAGUCUGGUCACAAUUUACAGGUUGCUCAGACAACUGCUGCUCGGGAUGACGAUGGUGACCUGUUCACCAGCGACCUGGUGCCAGGAAACCAAACCCACCCCACAGCGUUCACCCUCCUGGGGCUCUCAGAAGAGGCCUCGCUGCAGCCCCUCCUCUUCUGGGCAUUCUUGGCCAUGUACUUGGUCACCUUCACUGGGAAUCUCCUCAUCAUCCUGGCCAUCGUCACGGACCCCCACCUGCACACCCCCAUGUACUUCUUCCUCGCCAACCUGUCCUUUGCCGACAUCUGCUUCACCUCCACCACCGUCCCCAAGAUGCUGCUGAACAUCCAGACGCAGAACAAAGCCAUAACCUACGCGGGCUGUCUCAGCCAGGUGUUUUUCUACAUAUUCUUUGGAGGACUGGACACCUUCCUCCUGACAGCCAUGGCCUACGACCGGUUUGUGGCCAUCUGCCAUCCCCUGCACUACAUGGUCAUCAUGAACCCCCAGUUCUGUGGCCUCCUGCUUCUUGCAUCCUGGGUGCGAGCGGCAGGCACAAUGAAGGGGUUCAGCAUGGGGGUGACCACUGUGUACAUCACCGAGGCUGUUGCACUGUCCCUGGAGUCGUGGGUAGCAGCAGAGCUGAGGUACACGCCAAAUGCUGUCCCGUAG